AAGAAAAUUUCGAAACCGACCCAAAUAUCUGAUCGAUGAUUCUCCACUUUUUCUCCAUUGUCACCCUAUCUUUUUCUUUGCUUAGCGAUGCCAAUCCACCACACCACCACCUAAAAGCCUUCAAACCACUAUAUAAGAAUGCCACGUUUGGCUCAAUCUCACAUCAAAAACCACAUCAAAAACCUCAUCAAUACCACAUCCUUUGCUUUCUUUUCCCUUCAGAUUUCAACCCAUUUGGCAUUGUCUCGUAAUGGAUAGGGUGAACAAGAUGGUUUCAGAAAGACCAGUGGUGAUCUUCAGCAAGAGCUCUUGCUGCAUGAGCCACACCAUCAAGACCCUCUUCUGUGACUUUGGAGUGAAUCCAUUGGUUCACGAGCUUGAUGAGAUACCAAGAGGCAGAGACAUUGAGCAAGCUCUUUCAAGGCUAGGUUGCAGUCCCUCUGUGCCUGCUGUGUUCAUUGGUGGUGAGCUUGUUGGUGGAGCCAAUGAAGUCAUGAGUCUUCACCUUGAUCGCUCCUUGAUUCCAAUGCUCAAAAAAGCAGGAGCUCUUUGGGUUUGAUCAACGAUAUUAUGCAUUUGAUCUUCACCCUACUCAUCACUCGUCAUCAUGCACACUCUAAUAAACAUCUUUUCGCUAUUAUAUAUAACUAUAUAUAUAUGUAUCUAAUCAUGCCAUUACAUAGGUAGGGGCAGGAUAUAUAUGUAAUCAACAAGCUAUAUAUCCAUGCAUGCAUCUGCUAUUAUUAAUUAGUAUAGAGUUAUCGCACCAGCUAUGUAAUAAUAAGGCUAACUUAACUCAUGCAGCUCUGGUUUAGCCUUUUUUUGAUGGCUUAGAUGUAAUCUUAUCUUUUUGAUAUAUAUUUAUAUAUAUUGUUCUUAUAAA